AACUAAUAUUAGUAAAAUAUUUAAGUUGGUAAUUCGCAAUGCUUUGAAAAUCAAAAUAUAACCUCAAAUAUCAACAACAAUCACAACGUGUGGAAUUUAAAUCCGGUUGCUACAAUUACUGUAACAAAUGGCUAAAGGCAAGUUGAAAUAUCGUGAUGUUGUGGGUGGUGGUCGUGGAAAAGCAAAGAAAGGCAAACAAGGUAGAGGCAACUCGAAAAAGCCCCACAAACCUAGGAAAACUUAUAGUUUGUACAAAAAUGAUAAUCAAGGUACAAAAAGGAAACGAUUUAAUCAAAAUGAUACCUUGCCUGAGCCCAAACAGGCAAAAAUUGAAAAGGAACCAGAACUACAAGAAUCCUCAUCUGAAUAUGAAGAUGAAGAAGAAGAUGCUUUAAAACAAUUACAACAAACAUUUGGUGGUGUAAAUAAUAAAAAGUCACUUGCUAUAGACAGUAGUGAAGAAAGUGAUGUUGAAGAAGAGGAGACAGAGGAUGAACAUGUUGAAGAUGAGUAUGUGGAUGAUGAAGAUCUUGAAGAGGAGGAAGUAGAUGAUGAGGGGGUUGAAGAAGAGGAAGUUGAUGAUGAGAUUCUUGAAGAGGAAGAUCAUGACAGUGUUAAAGAAGGAGAAGCACAAGAUGUUGAAGAGGAAGAGAGUGAUUUUGUUGAAGAAGAGGAAGAUAUAGAUGAAGAAGAGCUCAACACUAAAGAUAAUGAAGAAGAUAAGACUCAAAAUGAAGAGGAUGAAACUGAUAAUGCAAAAGACCCUUUUGUACGACAUCUAUUUUAUGACCUACAUGAAAAACUAGUAUCUAAAUUGCAACAGCCCAAAGUCAUCAUGAUAAACAGCAAUGAAAAAUGGCCCAAAUUGGGUAAUCUGCUUAUUCAAAUUCCUGAAUGUGACAAGAUAUCUGAACCUGAGGUGAAUCAGUUUAGUAUUGAAGAAAAACAAAUAUAUGCCCCUUUGGGUGAAAAGCCUGUCUUAAUUAAAAAUGAAAAACCUGCAGAUUUGUUCAUCAAGUCGCAGAUUAUUCCACAGCUUCAAAAGUCAAAUAAGUGCUUAUUACCAAAUAGUAAGCAUGUGUUUACUGGUUUACAAAAAGAAAUAUUUUCUGUGGUCAAUAAUUACCAGGACUUUUAUUUUAGUGAAAGAAAUUUUGAUAAUGCUGAAGAAAUAAGAUAUGUGUAUUGCCUUCAUGCAAUCAAUCAUGUAUUAAAAACAAGACUUAAAGUUAUUCAUCAUAAUGCUAGGUUGUCCAAGAAAGCUGAUGUGCCUGAUGAAUUUAGAGAUCAAGGCCUUGUGCGACCUAAAGUGCUUAUAAUUUUACCAUUCAAAGAUUCGGCUUAUAAAGUAAUUAAUAAUAUAAUGGAAAUAUUGCUUCCAGUAGACAAAGGAAAUGUUAUGAAUAAACUUAGGUUCAUUGAAGACUAUACUGGAAAUGAAUUGAUUAUGCCUAAGAAAAAUCCGAAACCCGAAGAUUACGAGCGAACAUUCGCUGGUAAUACAAGUGACGACUUCAAAAUUGGUAUUACAGUUACCAAGAAAAGUUUAAAAUUAUAUGCAGACUUUUAUUCAUCUGACAUCAUUGUGGCAUCACCUCUAGGCCUUAGAACGAUUAUAGGUGCGGAAGGCGAACCAGACAGAGACUACGAUUUCCUCGCAUCAAUAGAAGUGUUAAUAUUUGAUCAAAUGGAGCUAUUCCUGAUGCAAAAUUGGGAUCAUGUUGUUCACAUAAUGAACCACAUACAUAUGCAACCCAAAAACUCACAUGGUACAGACUUUUCCAGAGUGAGGUCGUGGAGUUUGAACGGAUGGGCCAAAUAUUAUCGUCAAACGCUCAUAUUUUCAUCAACAGUUUUGCCGGAGAUCAAUUCGAUUUUCAAUAAAAAAUGUCUCAACUAUGCUGGAAAAGUCAAAACUGCAAAUAACAUUGAAUUCGGCAGUAUUUCGCAAGUGUUUGUGCAACUUCCGCAUGUAUUUCACAGAUUUGAUUCAGCAAAUGCUGCCACCUCAAUUGAAGAUAGAUUUGACUUCUUUAUUAACAAAAUUUUACCCCAACAAAGGGACACGUUAAUGAAACAGACGCUCAUAUUUGUGCCUAAUUAUUUCGAUUAUGUUCGAUUGAGGAACUACUUCAAAAGAGAAGACAUUGGUUUCACACAGAUUUGUGAAUAUUCCAAGGAGAAUAAAAUUGCGAGAGCAAGGGACAUGUUCUUCCACGGCGACGCUCACUUCAUGUUGUAUACUGAAAGAUAUCAUUUCUUCAAUAGGAUAAGAGUGAAAGGCAUAAGACACAUUGUUUUCUAUCAGCUCCCAAUGUUCCCACAUUUCUAUUAUGAGAUCUGUAACCUUAUGCAGGAAGGCAACAUGAAUAGGAAAGUAGGAAGUUCAUCUAAUAUGACUGUGAAUGUUAUCUAUUCAAAAUAUGAUGUUCAUCAAUUAUCGUCAAUAGUGGGAACAGUUCGUGCCGCAAAAAUGGUGCAGUCAGACAGAAAAGUUCAUAUGCUGUUAACGUGACGUGAUCUUUUAUUAAACAGCAACUUCUUGUUUCGAUUUUAUAUUAUAUUUAAAUUAUUGUUGUAUUAAAAUUUGUUUUUAUGAUAA